UUCACUGUGCCCCACCCCGCUUGCUGUGCCUUUUCUGACGGUCCAUCGUAUAAUGAGAAAAAUAGUAAUAUUUAUGAAAUCAUAUUUGUAUACAAGAUACAAGUGAAUAGAAAACGUUCAAACAUGGAUAAAUGUGCAAUUUGUCUUAAGCCCGCAGUUCAACUGUUCGAAACUGGAAAAGACGGUGUUUACGCGUGUUUUAAAUGCCAGCCUCUUGUACCAGAGGUGACUAUCGGUGACCAUCCAUCUGAAGCCACGGAGCCUAAGUCUUCCAAAACCAUAGAGGUGAGCAUAGAGUCAGGAUUAUAUUGUGAUAUAUGCGACAAGUCUUUUCAGAAGAACACCCAGCUAUUGAGUCACAUGCGCAACCAUCGUGCGGAGAGGCGUUUUGUUUGUACAUAUUGUAAUAAAGCAUUUUCCCAAUCAAAUAACUUGAGAGCUCAUGUUCGUAUACACACAAAUGAACGACCGUACAAGUGCUCAGAAUGUGGCAAAGCAUUUACGCAGUCGACGAAUCUGAACAACCACGUACGUUUGCACACGGGCGAGAGACCCUACGUGUGUCCUGAAGUCGGCUGCGGUAAAGCCUACGCCCAGGUGACGAACUUGAACCAGCACUUGAAGCGGCACCUGUCGGGCGGCGCGCGCGCCUACGACUGCCCCGAGUGCGGGGACAGCUUCCAGCAGCGCAGCCACAUGUUUAUGCAUAGACGAUCUGUACACGACGUAUCAAGUGAAGUGAGUAAGAAGAAGAGUACGUCUCGUUUGACUUGCGACGUGUGUGGCGACACGCAGCCCAGCAGCGCCGCGCUGCGGCAACACCUCGCGCUGCAUCUCCGCGACAACGACCACAACGACCAUAACGACCAUAAUGACCACAAUGAUGACAGCGACAACAAGCGGGUGUACGCGUGCGUGUUCUCGUCGUGCGGGGAGCGGUUCUCGUCGCCGAGCCAGCACACGGAGCACCUGCUGCGGGCGCACCAGUUGCGCGUCAUGGCCGCGCGGACACCGAAUCCGCCACGCCGCGGCAGACCGCCCAAAGUUUCCAGAGAUAUUUUUGAUCCGGAAGAGAAUUCCAUGUAUGAUGAGGUAAAAAUAACCAAACAGGAAACACAAUAUUCCCCUAAAUUAAAAGUACAGAGUCUGUUCCAAUGAGAAAAAGACAUCGGUUUCUUUCUAAAGUUAUAUCAUAGAGUGCACGUCUGUAGUAAGCGAGUGAGCGAGAUAGAUAUACGCGAGUGCGUGAGAGACAGAGAGGGAACAUGUACACCAGGGGUGUAUUCAUGUUUUAUUUAAAAAAAAAUUGCUUUCAUUUUUACGCUGCAUUUAAAGUUUUAAAAGAGAUAUAGAUGGAAUAUAAAAGUAUUAGAUAUGUAUUAAGUGAUAAUUUUAAGUGCAAUUUCUUAAUAAGAUAGUAUAUAAAAUAGUUUCGUCUAUAAUAUAGAUAUAAUAAUAUGAAAAUAAUGGUUUUUGUGAUCGCACAAUUUGCUUGUAAUUUCGUGCGUGAAAUUUGAGGCCUAUUACGUCACUGGAUCGUACAAAAAUGAGUUAUAUACUCGGGUAUAAAGUACAGUUAUUAUAAAAAAACGUGGAAAGUAUGUGGAACCGUUACUAUUAUUUUGAAUAUGUAGUAUUCCAGUGUUUUCUUUUUCAAAAUGACAUUUUUUAUUAGUUGUGCGAUUUUUUAUUU